UUGAGGCAUAUGCGCUGGAUGAGCUCAAGGACAGCAAGCUAGACGCGAGCGAGGAGGCCAUAGUGGCCUUUGCCGAUCUCGCUCUGGACUGCGUCAAGAUGCCGGGCACACGGCGGCCCGACAUGAAGGCGGUGGCUCACUCCCUCAGCGCCCUCAUUGACCAGUUCUGCCCGGACAAGGAGCCGUGCGAGUUAGUGGAGAAGCUUUCAACCUUGGGGAGCCAAUCCAGCCAGUCUACAGAUCUCUCUGGUGGGACUGUAGGGCACAGUAGCAUCAAUCAGAGUGGCAGCUCUUCCAAUGGCCUUGGUUCCAGGUUCCGUGUGCUAGGAAGCUGGAUGCAGCAUCGAUUUUCAGAAGGAUAUUGA